AUGGCGGAGAGUGGGGUGAGCGUGGCGCGGGAGCGCGGCGCGCGCUGGCUCCGGUUUGGGACGCUGACGCUGGGCCUGGCGGGCUCGCAGAUCAUAUGGAGCUUGGAGCUGGCCUAUGGGACGCCGUACCUGCUGGACAUUGGCCUGUCGAAGCAGGCAACCGGCCUCGUGUGGAUCGCCGGGCCGCUGUCGGGCCUUGUGACGCAGCCGGUGCUGGGCUCGCUGUCGGAUUCGUCGACGUCGCGGUACCGCCGGCGCAAGUACAUUGUCGGCUCGGCGCUGAUGGUGGCAGUGGGGACGUGCACGAUUGCGUUUAGCGAGCCGAUUGCUGCCGUGCUCCUCGACUCGCUCGGCGUGGGCUACGGCGACUGGGACCCGGUGCGGAAAGAGCGCGUGGCGCUGGUUGUGCAGACGUUGAGCGUGCUCGGCUUCUGGGUGCUCGACUUUGCGGUGAACGGCCUGCAAGUCAUUUCGCGCGCGCUGAUCCUCGACAAUGCGGGCAGCAGCGAGCAGAACGAGGCGAAUGCGUGGCAGGCACGUAUGCUGCAUGCCGGCAACAUUGUCGGCUACUGGUGCGGGUGGGCGAACCUCGCCGAGUGGCCUGCGCUCCGCUGGGUCGGCGGCGGCCAGUUCCGCAAGUUUGCCAUGCUCUCGAUCGCGGGUAUGGCCGCGUGCGUCGCGGUGACGGUGCUCGGUACGCCCGAGACGGCGUACCGCCACACGACGCCGCCGCCGACGCGCGGCUGGCAGCGCGUAUACGUGUCGCUGCAGCAGGUGUGGCACGUCGCCAAGCAGCUGCCGCUGUCGAUCCGGCGCGUGUGCCAAGUCCAGCUUUUGGCGACGAUGAGCUGGUUUCCGUUUCUCUUUUACAGCACGACCUACAUUGUGGACGCCGCGCGGCGGCACCACGACGGGCGAGAUGCGAGCGAAAAGAUCGGCAGCUUUGGCAUGCUCCUCUUUGCGCUCCUCUCGAUGCUUGCCGGCUCGUUUCUGCCGGUCGUUACGGUCGCGGGGCACGCUUCGCCCCAUGCGGAUGGCGGCGCGGUCGCCCCCCUCCGCUCUGCCUGGCGCCAGGCGACGCUCCGCUCAAUGUGGACGUUUGGGUGCCUGAGCCAGGCGCUGAUCCUCUUUGCGACGUUCUUUGUGCACACCCAGGAGCAGGCACUGGGCUUGGUGAUGCUGAUGGGCGUGCCUUGGAGCAUCUGGACGUGGGUCCCCUUUGCGCUCCUCGGCGAGUUUGUGCGCGAGGCCGAGGCCGAGCCGGCGCAGGACGCGGUCGAAGACCAGUGGUCCGCGCAGCAGAUCAUGGACCGCCACGAGCCGCGGCAGCGCACCUCGGUGCACGACCUCGAGAAUCCGAGCCGCCGCACGAGCGCGCACGAAGGUGUGGCGCCGCAGCGCAUCGUCUCGGGCUCGCACGUCUCGUCGGUCGUCUCGCGCGGGCGCGAGGUGCCUGCCGACGGCGCCGCGCCGCUCGAGGACAGUAUCCGAGGCGGCACGAUCCUCGGCAUUCAUAACCUCGCGAUCGUCCUGCCGCAGUUUCUGGUGGCGCUCAUUGCGUCGCUCAUCUUUCGCGUGACGAGCCACGCCCCGAGCAAGCACCGCCGUGGCGACGACGGCGACGUCGCGUGGGUGCUGCGUUUUGGCGCGGUAAUGGCGCUCUUUGCCGCGGCACUCACGCGGUACAUCCCCCUCACGCAGUCCGAGCGUGCCGCACGCAACAUUGCCGGCGUGCGCCUCCCCCUCGACGACGACGAGGAGCCCGAGGCGGCGCACGAUACGCCGUAG